AGGUUCUUCCUUUCUCAGCCAGCACCGUUGGAGCGGGUGAGUGCGUGGCGUGGAUGGACUGGUGAAAUUCAUCAAAAUUCACUCAAGUCAGCCAAUUUUGGGUUUCACUAGAAGGCUACAAACAUGCCGGCGUAUUUCCAAAGGCCGGAGAAUGCUCUGAAACGAGCGAACGAGUUUCUUGAGGUUGGCAAGAAGCAGCCAGCCUUGGAUGUUUUGUACGAUGUCAUCAAGAGCAAAAAACAUCGAACAUGGCAGAAGAUCCACGAGCCCAUCAUGCUCAAGUACCUGGAGCUCUGCGUGGAUUUACGCAAGAGCCACCUGGCCAAGGAGGGUCUCUACCAGUACAAGAACAUCUGCCAGCAGGUAAAUAUCAAGUCUCUGGAAGAUGUUGUUAGGGCUUACCUAAAGCUGGCAGAGGAGAAGACGGAGACAGCCAAGGAGGAGUCCCAGCAGAUGGUCCUGGACAUCGAGGAUCUGGACAACAUCCAGACUCCUGAAAGCGUGCUCCUGAGUGCUGUGAGUGGCGAGGACACUCAAGAUCGUACCGAUCGCCUGCUGCUCACUCCCUGGGUGAAGUUCCUGUGGGAGUCGUACCGCCAGUGCCUGGACCUGCUACGAAACAACUCCAAGGUGGAGCGUCUGUACCAUGACAUUGCCCAGCAAGCAUUCAAGUUCUGCCUUCAGUAUACUCGUAAAGCAGAAUUUCGCAAGCUGUGUGACAAUCUGCGUAUGCACCUGGGUCAGAUCCAGCGCCACCACAACCAGAGCACUGCUAUCAACCUGAACAACCCUGAAAGCCAGUCUAUGCACCUGGAGACACGUUUGGUGCAGCUGGACAGCGCCAUAAGCAUGGAGCUCUGGCAGGAAGCAUUCAAGGCAGUUGAGGACAUCCAUGGCCUGUUUGCUCUUUCCAAGAAGCCUCCCAAACCCCAGCUUAUGGCCAACUACUACAACAAGGUGUCUACUGUGUUCUGGAAAUCUGGAAAUGCUCUCUUUCAUGCCUGCACUCUCCACCGGCUCUAUCACCUCUCAAGGGAGAUGCGCAAGAAUCUGACCCAAGAUGAGAUGCAGAGGAUGUCGACCAGAGUCCUCCUGGCCACACUGUCUAUUCCCAUCACCCCCGAGCGCACUGACAUUGCUCGGUUGCUGGACAUGGAUGGCAUCAUUGUGGAAAAACACCGCAGGCUGGCUACCCUCCUGGGCCUGCAGUCUCCACCAACUCGGCAGAGUCUCAUCAAUGACAUGGUGAGAUUUAACUUGCUGCAGUAUGUCGUACCUGAUAUAAAAGAACUUUACAACUGGCUUGAAGUAGACUUUCAUCCUCUGAAGCUGAGUGGAAGAGUGACCAAGGUGCUGAGCUGGGUGAGAGACCAGGCUGAGAAGGAGGCUGAUCUGCAGCAGUAUGUCCCUCACCUGCAGAGUAAUACCAUCCUGAGGCUCCUGCAACAGGUUGCACAGAUCUAUCAAAGCAUUGAGUUCACCCGUCUGGCUUCCUUGGUUCCGUUUGUGGAUGCCUUCCAGCUAGAGCGCUCCAUUGUGGAUGCUGCCCGGCACUGUGAUCUGCAGGUCCGUAUAGACCACUCCUCACGAACUCUGAGCUUUGGCUCUGACCUGAACUACUCGACCAAAGAGGAUUCCCCUGUUGGUCCUUUCCUGCAGAACAUGCCCUCAGAGCAGAUAAGGAAUCAGCUGACUGCCAUGUCUGCGUCUUUGGCUAAGGCCAUCUACAUCAUCAAGCCUGCCUCCAUCAUGCAAGAGCGUGAGGAGCAGAACCAGCAGGCCAUCGCUGCCUAUCUGAAAAAUGCCCGCAAAGAUCACCAGCGCAUCCUGGCUCGUAGACAGACUAUUGAAGAGCGCAAAGAGCGACUGGAGAGCCUCAACAUUCAGCGUGAGAAGGAGGAGCUGGAGCAGCGGGAAGCUGAGAUGCAGAAGGUUCGCAAGGCUGAGGAGGAGCGUCUGCGCCAGGAGGCCAAAGAGAGGGAGAAGGAGCGCAUCAUGCAGGAGCAUGAGCAGAUCAAGAAGAAGACGGUCCGUGAACGGCUGGAGCAGAUCAAGAAGACUGAACUUGGAGCAAAGGCCUUCAAGGAUAUUGAUAUCGAGGACCUUGAAGAGCUGGAUCCUGACUUCAUCAUGGCCAAACAAGUGGAACAGCUAGAGAAGGAGAAGAAGGAACUUCAGGAGCGUCUGAAAAACCAGGAGAAGAAGAUUGACUACUUUGAGAGGGCAAAACGUCUUGAGGAGAUUCCUCUUAUCAAAAAAGCGUAUGAGGAGCAGCGUGUCAAGGAUAUGGAGCUAUGGGAGCUCCAGGAGGAGGAGAGGAUCAGUAACAUGAAGGUUGAACGCGAGAAGGCUCUGGAGCACAAGAAGCGUAUGUCCAGGAUGAUGGAAGACAAAGAAAACUUCUUGUCUAAAAUAACUGCUGCCCGUAGCUUCAUUUAUGAGGAAAAACUGAAAACUUUUGAAGAGCGCUUGGUGGAGGAAAGGAAGAAGCGCCUGGAAGAAAGGAAGAAGCAGCGCAAAGAGGACAGGCGUAACGCUUACUACCGUCAGAAAGAGGAAGAGGCACAGCGUAUCCACGAGGAGCAGCUCAAGAAAGAGCGUGAGGAGCGCGAACGCCUGGAGCAAGAGCAGCGAGAGGAGGAGGAGAGGGAGUACCAAGAGCGUCUACGUAAGCUUGAGGAGCAGGAGAGGAAACAGCGUGCUCGUCAGCAGGAGAUCGAGGAGCGAGAACGGCGCCGUGAGGAGGAGAGGAGGGCCCCCGCCCCAGAGGAGAAAGCUAAGGAUUGGGGUGAGAAAGAGAAGGAGGAGGGAGGAUGGAGAAGGCGCACCGAUGGAGGAGAUUCAGAGUGGCGUCGUUCAGUGCCUGAAAAGGACUGGAGACAGGAGGGCCGUGAUGAUGACAAAGAGGAUAAAGACGCCCCCGUAAGGCGAGGAGAAGGUCCUCGCAGGGGCGGAGAGGACAGAGGACCCCGCCGGGGCUUUGAUGAUGAUCGAGGCCCACGACGUGUCGGUGAUGAUGACCGUCCUCCACGCAGAGGGAUCGAUGAUGACCGUGGUCCACGUAGAGGCUUUGAUGAUGAUCGCGGACCAAGGAGGGGUGGAGAUGAAGACCGCGCCCCGCGACGUGGCUUUGACGAAGACCGCGCCCCGCGACGUGGCUUUGACGAAGACCGCGCCCCGCGACGUGGCUUUGACGAAGACCGCGCCCCGCGACGUGGCUUUGACGACGACCGCGCCCCGCGACGUGGCUUUGACGACGCCAGGCCUCUCAGGCGUGGGGCUGAUGAUGACUGGGGCCCCAGAAGAGGAGGAGAUGAUGACAGAGGUGGAAGGAGAGGCAUGGAUGAUGGGCCUCGUCGUGGUGGUGAUGACGCCAAACCCUGGAAGCCCCUGGGCAGACCUGGUGGAUGGCGUGAGAGGGAAAAGGCCCGAGAGGAGAGCUGGGGUCCUCCUCGUGGGGAAGCCCAAGAGGAUGGAGAUGAUGCUGAAGGAGAGGAAAAACCCCGCGAUCGCUUCAGAGACCGUCGUCCGCAGAGAGAGGAGAGUGGGUGGAGGAAACUAGGCACAGAGGAAUCAAGCAGCUGGAGAGAGUCUCGUAAAGAGGGCGCUGACCUCGAUGAUCGCCGUGACCGCGGAGAACGCCGUGUUGGAGAACGCCGUGUUGGAGAACGCCGGAAUGACCGUGAACUUAGAGGCCCACCCAGAGAACCUGAUGAUGGAGGUACUUGGCGGCGUGGUGGUGAUGAUAAGCGGGAGGAGCCGGACAGGGAGCGGCCAAGAGAGGACAGGGAGCGGCCAAGAGAGGACAGGGAGCGUGAUGCUGAUGGAGAGAAGGGUUGGCGUACUGAUAAAGAAAACCCUCGUCGCACCAAGAACGAGACAGAUGAUGAUGGCUGGACCACUGUCCGCCGCUGAGCAACAACCUUUGCCUCUAAUUAGCUCGGUUAAUAAUGAAUUGGAUUUGAAAGAAAUAAUACUCAGUAUCCCAUCAGCCACAGUUGUGAAUUAAUGGCUACAAGCUUCUGAUACUCACGUGCGUUCAUAUUUCAAUUAAAUAUUUGUAGACAGUAGUUUUCUGGGAGAUUUUUUACUUUUCAUAUUUACUUUGAUUCCCAGCGAUUUCAAACCAGAGGUUCCUCACCACCCAGAACACCAUCAACCAAUGAACUUGUGUGUACGUAGACCUCAUGCAAACCAUCAAGGUAAACAUGACUGCCCCCAGUGGUUAGGAGUGCUAUUACCUUACAUGAUGAAGUGAAACCGACUAAACCGAAAACCAAUGUACCGGCUCCAAUUCUCAAAUCAAUCUCAGUGUAUCACCAACUGCCUCUUUGAAAUAAUUAAUCUUUGCGCAGAUGUUAUAUUAUGGCACAGAUCCACAACCCAUGUAAUGGCAAUCACUGCGAAUUUGUCAAGUGCUUCAGUGAUCGCUGCUCUUCAUCUAACGUUUCAGAUGCUUCUUAACCAGUUAAAGAACUAGUGGAAUUUACAUUUUGAUGUGCAUGCUUAGAGUAUUCAAAUGCUUGAUAUCCAGUGUGGUUCUAUCUUGCUGCAAGCAACGGUAUCAAACCAUGUUGCAUGUGUACAGAUAAAGCCUUUAUUAAUAAAAAAAUGUUUGCUCACAAA